GGGAUGUAUAAAUUUAAAUUAAUAUGAAAGUGAUUCUCUGAAUCUUCUUAGUCUUAGCUUUCAGUUAUACAGCAAGUGCAACUGAAGCUAAUAAAGGUAAUGCAACUGUGAGUGCAGGAACUCGUGUAGGAGCGGGAGAACUUGGAUAUAGGUCUGGUGGUGUUUAUGGUACUGGACUUGGAUAUGGAGGAGCCGUUGUGAAUAACUUAGGCCUCGGAUACGGAGGAGCUGUUGUUGAAGGAGCAGGACUUUAUAGAGGUGCUCUUGGUGGUGCUGUCGUCGAAGGACCAGCUUACUAUGGUGGAGCUUAUGGAGGUGUUGUUGAAGGGCCAGCUUACUAUGGAGGAGUUCAUGGAGCGGGAGCGGGAACUGGUAAAUGUAGAACUGCUGUUGCUCAGGAGUACGCUGUACCAACUCUUGAAAGAGAAGUUGGAUAUGUUGCUGUCCCAGAAGUAGAGAGAUCCUUCGGGUACAUCGACGUUCCAGAGGUCCAGAGAAGAACUAACUAUGCUACUGUUUAUGAUUAUGAGACCGUCAACAAAGCUACUGUUAUUCCAGAAAUUGAAUACCAGACCGUUACUGACGCCUAUGUUGUUCCAGAGUAUUACACCCAGCCAAGAUUUGAGUAUGAAACCUUCGACCAAGUCUCUUACAUCCCUCAUGUUGAGGAAGUCGAUGAGGUUGAAUACAGGACAAGAUGCAACACCGUCAUGGAGCCAGAAUACCACACUCACACUGAAGUUCAGGAGAUCCCUCAUGUUGAAUAUGUGACUAGGACUGAUGUAAGAAUGGAGCCAGAGUUCAGACAUCAUGCUGAGAUUGUUGAAGAUAUUGAGUAUGUCACUAGAUACCAGACUGUUGAAGAGCCAGAGUUUAGGCUUAGGACUGAGGUUAUCCCAGAGAUUGAGUACGUUACUAGAUAUCAGACCGUUGAAGAACCUGAAGUUAGAUAUCAUACUGAAGUUGUCCCAGACGUUGAGUUUGUAACAAGAUACCAGACUGUCGAAGAGCCAGAGUUUAUUCACCACUCAGAGAUUGUUCCAGAGAUCGAAUAUGUCACAAGACAGAGAGUUGUCGAUGAACCAGAAUUCAGAACUAGAUAUGAAACUUAUGACGAAGUUGAAUAUGUCCCAAGACAACAAAUUGUUGAAGAACCUGAAUUCAGAACCAGAUACACCACUGUUCCAGAAACCCAAUACAUCCCAAAACAGAGAGUUGUUGAAGAACCAGAGACCUACUACCACACUGAACAUCUCCCAGAGCUCCAGAGAAGACUUAGAUUCGAAACUUACGACGAGGUUAGACCAGAAUUGUCCUACAAGACUGAAGAUGAUGUCUCCGUCACCACCCACACCGAGACUGUCCCACAGUAUGAGAGAUGUGUUACUUAUGAAGCUGUUCAGGACCAACCACUCACCAAAAUUCAGGAACCAGGAUUCACUGAGACCGUCGAGAGACACAAUGACCUCCAAGGGCCAGGACUUGCCAUAGAAAGAGAAAUCUAUGACACUCCAGUUUCCAACAGACAGUGGGCCCAACAAUGGAGAUCUGACUACGGACCAAUCAGUGAAUUCGCUUUCAAUGACUUCAGAUGGAGAAACCCAUCCUUCACCCCAACCGGUAGAGUUACUGACUACGUAGCCCCAGUUGCUGCUCCAGUUUAUGAAGCUCCAUUUGUCUAUGAAGCUCCAUAUGCCUACGAAGCUCCAUAUGCUUAUGGACCAGGAUUUGCUUAUGAAGCCCCUGUUGCCUACAAUGCUCCAUUCGUCUAUGAAAAUCCAGUUGUAUAUGAAGCUCCAGUCUACGAAGCUCCUGUUGUAUACGAAGCACCAUUUGUGUAUGAAGAGCCAGUAGUUUACCAAGAACCUAUCUUCUAUCAAGAGCCAGUUGUUUACCAAGAACCAAUCUUCUACGAAGAGCCAGUUGUCUACCAAGAACCAAUCUUCUACGAAGAGCCAAUUGUCUAUCAAGAACCAAUCUUCUACGAAGAGCCAAUCUUCUACGAAGAGCCAAUCAUCUAUGAAGAGCCAAUCAUUUACGAAGAGCCAUACGUUGAAGCUCCAAUCCUAGUCGAAGAACCAGUUUACGACGGAUGGUAUGAUGCUCCUAUUGUUGCCGAACCAGAAUACGUCGAAGAACCAGUUGCUGAAGAAUAUGCUGCAGAGUACUAAAUUUAAAUUUCAACUUCAUGA